CCGGUUCAUCCACCGUCCUGCAGAGAUUCACAAAUGGCUGCACCACCGCCACCGGUCACCGGCUGGAUGGCUGGGCGGUAGUGGCGGCUGGUCAAAGCACGUGACAUUUGCACUGUAUUCAGUGGAGCGAUUGUCCCCUCAACGCGACAGGGGCCUCGGAGCGCUUCGGGGAACGUAUUGAUGAAAUAUCGACGAGCGAAGAGACGGCACCGUCGAACUAACAUCAGUAGAAUUUUCGGGUACUGUCGGCUACCAUCUGACGGAAAACGAUACACUUCCGUGCGCUAAUUAGCAUUCUUCCCAUCCACCCCUCUUCCUGCCGACUGCCCUCUCGACCCCGCCCCUCCCGGUCUUCCCACCUUCACCCCAUCCACCUGCCGCCCGCCGACUUCGCUCGCCGGCGCUAGUUCCGGUGACGGCCGGUGGCGUCGCUGGCGUCGCGGAGUAACGAACGCCGCGAGCCAAGGCCGCUGCGAGCCGCGGGCGGCGCGUCGCGGCUCCAGUCCACUCCAGUCCAAGUCAGGUGGCGGCCGACCGGCUUUGUGCCGCAAGAGACUGACGGCGUUCUUUUCCAGCGAGUCCAGUGAGCGAGCCGGGCGGCGGCGGGCGUGCCCGAGAGCGUCUGUGAUAAACUCUGUGAGUGGGCCGCGGAGGCCGCAGCAUCGGCAUCGGAGCGUGCACGUGCAGUGGUAGCGGCUGGUGCUGUGUCGGGUGGUGACUGGUGCCGACCCGGGAGAUCAGUGAUUGGUGACGACCAUGGGUGCCCAGGCGUCUCACGAGCCCCUGGAGCAGAGUGUGGCACGGGACCAGACGUACCCGACCCACCACGUUAUCCAGCCGGAGGUACCGCCUGGAUCCUUCACACGACGGCUCUCCAUCAGAAAAUCGCGCAAAAAACGCAAGGCAGAGCGCCUUGACGCGCCCGGCGGCUCUGGCGGCGGAGGCGGCGGCUCGGGAUCAGGUGCAGCUGAGUCCGAAGAACAGCGACAGCACCGCAGAAUGGACCGGCUGCGGCGAUCGCUGCGCGACAGUUUCCGGCGCAAGAAGGAGCCGCGGAGCUCCGAGUCGUCGCGGCCACACCAGUGGCAGGCAGACGAGGCGGCAGUGCGCGCCGGCACCUGCUCCUUCCACGUCAAGUACCUGGGCUGCGUGCAGGUGUACGAGUCACGUGGCAUGCAGGUCUGCGAGGAUGCCCUCAAGCUGGUCCGGUCGCAGCGGCGGCGUCCUCUCCGCGGCAUUCUGUAUGUCUCCGGAGACGGCCUGCGUGUGGUCGAUGAUGAGACCAAGGACCUGAUCGUGGACCAGACGAUCGAGAAGGUGUCGUUCUGCGCGCCGGACAGGAACCACGAGCGUGGCUUCAGCUACAUCUGCCGUGACGGCACCACCAGGCGCUGGAUGUGCCACACGUUCCUGGCCAUCAGAGAAUCGGGUGACCGUCUGAGUCACGCUGUCGGCUGCGCGUUCGCCGCCUGUCUGGAGCGCAAACAGAAGCGCGACAAGGAGUGCUCAGUGACGAUGACUGUCGACCCGACCACGUCGAGCUUCACGCGCUUCGGCAGCUUCCGUCAGGGGACCAUCACAGACCGGCUCAAUGACCCGCAGGAGUGUAAACCGGCAGAGCCGGUGCCAGUACUGCCCGUCAGCAACCCGUACGCUGUGGAGCGGCCGCACGCGCCGGUCGGUAUGUUCGAGCGGCAGGGCAGCGUGCGCCUGCAGGGCCGCCUGUCUGAGGCGUCGCCGUUCAAGCGGCAGUACUCGCUGCGGCUGAACGAGCUGCCCUCGACACUGGAGAGGCAGGGCCGGCUGCCCAGCCGCGACAACACGCCACGAGUGGCGCCGAUCCCGGAGGUGCCGGCCAUUGACGAGCGGGAGGAGGACGAGACAAAUGUCAACAUUCUCUGCCGCGAGCUCUCCUCCGGGCUCAGUAUGGUCAAUGGAGCGCAGACGCCGCAGAGCCGUCCUGCGGUCAGCGAGGAGCCGUCUCCGUCACCGGCGCGGCCCGACGACUGGCUUAACUCUCUGAACAGCGGCAGCGGCACGCCGGCCGGCCGCUCCGACUCGGCUCACGGCUCCACACCGGAGCCAGAGUGGCACGCGCCCACUCCCGCAGAGGAUACCUGGCGCAGCGACCCGUUCGACUCGGAAUGGGCGCAGAUUGCCGAGCGUAACAACCGCGCCAAUAAGGCGACCAACCCGUUUAUUGGAGGGGGGCCGGUGAAGACGUUCGAAGUGCACAUGUAGGACCAGUGCCAUGGCGCGGAUGGAGCCGGGAGGGGAUACACAUACAACGGCGGCAGCUGAUAGAACAAGCGACCACCCACUGUCGGUGGUCUGUGUGGACUCGUGUGUGGACUCUGUGGACUCUAUGUGGACUCGGGCUAGGAUUAGUGGCCGCGCGGCUCGCGGUGCGGACCGCCGGCGCUGCGCGCAGCUACCGGCAUGCCUAUGGUGGUAGACAUGUGAUACUGCCCGAAAGGACGGGCGCCGCGCCCGGUCGCAUUUUAUACGCCUUUUCUCGCGUGUCGCCCCGUCGCGAACUAACCGCCUUCAUUGACCAAAUCUACGUCUUAACAUUCCAGAAUUACCUUAGGACGAUUGCCUUGUUGAUCGGUGAGCGUUGUUGGGUGUGAGUGCGAGGUUUACUGAAUGACUGCGGUAUAUCGAUGAGAUGUGCGGCGCGCGAGUGUGCCCGUCUCUGUGUCUAUGUGCGUGACUGUAACAGUGCUGGGCGGACGUCCCAUGCACUGGCCGGUGGCGGCAGCAGGAGCCGAUAUUCCAGCGUCCCGGUCCAUGGCCAAGGACCGAUCGGUCACUGCUCAACGGCACUUCCGCUCUGGAGAACGCCGCAGGCGACUGCAGCGCCCCUGGCGGGUGACUGAGAAACUAUGACGCCGAGUCGACUGACAGGUGGCAGCACAGUCGCCCGGCUUCCUGGCAUAUUCCGCUCGCUUGGAGAUGUUAUGCCGCGCCAACGCCGGCAGCUGUAUCACUCAAAUGCAGACGUUUGCAUUAUAUAUGUGGCAGCUAGAUGUAGAAAACAUGCAGAAUAAAAUACCGCUAUUUUAA